UAAGCGAAAUUAAUGACCGAGAACGCCGAAAUAGAAGGCCAGUUUAGUUCCUGAGAGAAUCCAGCCCUGAAGUAUGCUGCUAUCCGAUAAACGAGCUCAUAUCGCGGGCUUGCAGGUCAGAAAGUCCCCCCAAGCGUUGGGUAGCUGUUCACGUGGUCGCGUUUGAUGAAACGUACAGCCACCCUGUCAAUCUCACCGGCCAUUUUCCUCAGAACCACAUCAUGAGCAGUUCGCUCGAUACGCUUUGCGACGCAGUGACAAGCCCUUUGGUCGCCUCGCUACUGGAGACUCAUCCUAACGACCUAGCUGUAUCCAGAUCUUGGCCUUUCCGUGAGUCGUGGUGGGAAUGGGCGAAAGGCAGCUCAGAUGGAACGGAUCGUUGGAGGCAGAUCCUCGAAUAUAGUCAACUCGAUUCGGAAGCGCGCGCCUUGGGCAAAGAAUGGGACAUUCCUGUCGAACUUCGAGAUCUAAUUGAUCAACUAACCUCACUGUCCUUGCCCCGAGACGUUAUUCCGAUCAACGCUGUUGAUCCCUUCGAACUCUCGACACGAGGCAUGUCACCGAAGAAAGCUCACGAGGUCCACCAGAGUGUAGCCUACAUCUCCAAUCUUCUCAGCUCCUUGAACUUGGACGUACCGGCAGUGCGGAUCGUUGAUGUUGGAGCGGGUCAAGGAUAUCUAACUCGGGCAUUGCGAUCACAUCUCGGGACCACUCACCUUCUGGCUCUCGACUCUUCAGAAAUACAGACGCGGGGUGCUGAGCGUUGGCAAGAGCGGACGGGCCUGGUGGGAUCGAUCACCCAGAAGACGAUCCAUAUAACACCGCAGACCCUGAGCGACUCAGUCGACGAAUGGAUCCAGAGCUCGAAGGUACCCAGCUCUGGCGAGCCUGUUCCAGUGCUGUUUGUGGCUCUUCACGCAUGCGGCUCGCUUACUCCCGACAUUCUCCGAGCCUUCUUCAUGCAGCAGACAAGAGUAGGUCACGCAUGGUGGAAGCCUCUGGGAGUAAUUGCCAUAGGGUGCUGCUAUAAUCUUUUAGCUUCUCGAGACUUUCCACUCUCGACACAUCUCACAUGUAGACCCGAGCGUCUGUCCUUGCCAAUCUCGGCCUUCCAUCUGGCCGCUCAGAUGCCAAGUCAGUGGAUGCGUUCGCCCGAGAGUCGAGCAGACGCCGAACUGGCCCUGCGCAAGGUCGUCUGGCGAGCGAUCAUCGGCUCUCGCUUCUCUGCGAACGUCGAGUCCGAUAGCAUCGAUGGUCAGCCUGACGGAACGGGCGAUCGACCAGUUAUGCGCCGGUUAGGCCGAUUGAGUAAUGCAGUGUACACAGAUUGGGAAACCUUUGUUCGGGCUGCAAGUGAUCGUCUUGGCGCCGUUUUCGAGUGCGGCCCGCUCACUGGCUAUGAAAACGGGCUCAUCAGCGAGCUGGAGGUUCUCCACGUUCUCCGUUGUAUCGCGGGGCCGAUGGUAGAAAGUCUGUUCAUCGUGGACCGUCGAACGUGGGUCCAGGAACAGCUUGUUGGAUUAGUGGACGUUCAAGUCGCAGUCGUCAAUCUGUUCGACCAGGGAACCGGCAGUGGGCGGAAUGUCGCCCUCGUAGUCUCGCCGCAGGGUCCUAGGCCAAAUCGAUGAACAUGCCCCUCUAAAUAGCCUCGUGCCGGGUGCACACUGAGUUAGGCAAACGAGCCAGCUUGCAAGCGGAGUCCGGAUGCCGUGCACCGGCGGAUCCCAAUAUGUCAGCCAACGCUCAGACAUUAGACGCCCCGACACAAUCUGCCAAACAAGGACAGGUCUUUCAUUGUCGAAUUCCAUCAUCAACAGCAAGCGCUCUUGAUUCUCUUUUCCUCUUCGGAUGAACGUCCAAAUGCGACUCUGAUAUGAAACAAAUCAACAAUGCACCCAGGAUCUCAGGCCGCACCAUCUCCCUCUUAUCGAAUUCUCUUCCGGGUAAAGAACGGCGCCCCCGGCGGGUAUUUCACCACAUGAGGCUCGUAAAGAUGUCUGUGGCGCAAGGGGGCAAAGAUAAACAGCACAUGAAUGAAUUCCCCAGAUUCCCGAGACCCCACGGGUCAAAAUCAUGAUUGCAGCCGGAACCGGCAGACAUCCUGACCGAUUUUCACGCAAAUCUCGUCAAUAUCAAAACUUUUCACUGCAGCCGCCGACAACGAAAGUCUGUGUUCUGUAUCCAGGUCAGCGAGCAGUGUGGAGGGGAAACCCCUAAUGGUGGGAUAUUCCGAAGCAGCCUGUGGAGACUGUGGGUUUUCGUCAAGCAGGGCCCAGCCGAUAGAAGCAUGGAAACGAGGUUCAGAAUAGUAUACUUCUUGCCGGAUGGCCUGCAGAACAGGGUUGAGAGAUGCAGUAAGCUCAGAAAGCUACGAAACUAAUCAGAACAUGCGAGCAUCCUUGAACCGAGGAACGACUUCGUGAUGUCCGGCGCCUAUCUCGAGAGCCAGGAAGACUCGAGUGCGUUCAUCAUUGACGAGCUCGGUGAUACACGCCAAGGAAGCGGAGAAGCUAUCACAAAUGCGUCAGGUCAUGGGAAACCGGAGUUCAUCAACCUACGGUCGCGUCCCGUCGGCGAUUCGUUUCACCGCCCGUUUCAAUUCCUCACGCUGAUGUGCCCGGACGAAUAUGGGUCGCGUAACGGAUAUAUGCAGUUCAGGCCGUCUGCCAUCCGGCGCGGAAAAGAAGUCAUUAAGAGCCGGCACUCGAGCCUUUGCGCUGGCAGUUAUCUUGCUGAUGGCGUCGAAGAGCUGAGAGCUCCGGGAUAACGGAACAGACGCGUAGACGUGGGUGGCAUAUUGGCCAUCGAUGUGGGGUGUUGAUCUCUUACGACCUUGAUGAAGAGCAGGGUUGUCGACGUGAGUUUUGCCUGCCAAUGUGGCCGCAAGUGUGGGAAGUUUUCUGCAGGCGAUGAGACAUGCGUCUUUCUCGUGGGACGGGCGGGAGGCACCUUUUCUUUGUUGGCGGAGAUUUUUCGGAAUCGGAAUCUUCAGAACUCGAAUAGGACACGAGCUGCACCGAGUCGCGCUUCAUGCAAAAGUUCAAGACUGUAAUAGAUCACGCGUCCGGCCAGCAUGAUUCAUGACAGAUAUCGAACUCAACGGAAGACUUAUCGAUUGCGAAAUGAGCGUCCAGUUCAUUAACAACCUCUCGGCCAGCGGCAUACCUGCGCCUCAUGCUCACGAGCACGGAUCACACUCCCACGACCACGGAGGGGAGCAUGGCCACACCCACGAACAUCUCGAUCAUGCCGGGAAAUUCUCCGAGCGGGACUUGCCCGAUUACUCUGGCCGAAACUUUGUAGAGAGAGGUUUCACUGUCGGGAUCGGAGGGCCUGUUGGAUCUGGGAAAACCGCACUCGCUCUUGCGCUCUGCAAAGCCCUGCGCAAGGAGUACAACAUCGCUGCUGUGACUAAUGACAUAUUUACGCGCGAAGACCAAGAAUUCUUGAUCAAGAACAAAGCUCUCCCUGCUUCGCGAAUCCUUGCCAUCGAGACAGGUGGUUGCCCGCAUGCGGCCAUUCGCGAGGACAUCAGCGCAAACAUGGGCGCGUUGGAAACAUUGCAGGCGACAUUCGAGUGUCAGCUGCUUCUUGUUGAGAGUGGAGGAGACAAUCUUGCGGCGAACUACUCGCGGGAGUUGGCCGAUUACAUCAUCUAUGUGAUCGACGUUUCCGCAAGUCAUCUUCCCUGAACAUGUUAUAUGAAGGCGCUGAUGACUGGACUUGCAGGGAGGAGACAAAAUCCCACGGAAAGGUGGUCCCGGCAUUUCACAGUCAGACCUUCUCGUCGUCAACAAGGUACCCGUGAUUUCGAACACCUGCUCUGGACUUUAAUUGAAGAUGCCUAGAUCGAUUUGGCACCAUAUGUUGGAGCUUCGCUUGAGGUCAUGGACCGCGACUCGAAGCUGAUGCGCGGAGACGGGCCCACUUUGUUCACCAGCGUCAAACAGGGCACUGGGGUCGACGAUGUCGUCAGUCUGAUCGUAGCCGCAUGGAAGACCGCUGGGAGACCAGGAAAACCUGGCGCAGUGGGAGACGUCGAGUGAAACGCGACAGGUGCAAUACAAUGUGUACAAUAUCUAUGCAUCAGAAGAAUCCGAAAGUCUGGCCAAUAAUAUCGCUGACACCUUCUUGAAUUCCAACAUAAUCAUGUCCGCCGUGUAGAGUCUGGACGUGCGUGACCGUGCGCUUGCCGUCGUUGAAUUUGUGCAGGGUUCCGAACUUGGGGAUUUCCGUUGUGGAGACCAGGGCUUCGCGGGCUUCUCUUCUUUCUGCAGCCCUGCUCGUGAAUUCAGACCACUGCUCUUGGGACAAUGAGGCCAGAUGGGGAGGCAACGCAAUCAUUUGGGGCAAAUGGGGGUCGAGGAAGGCUGUGAACAGCGCUUCGGAGUGCGUAUAUGGAAUGUCCCAGUCAUUCUCUGUUGGCCGAUCCUGAGAACCAGUGCCUGGAUGUCGAGAACCGCACUCGCCUGCAUGUGCAAUGAUAAUUUGGCCUUUCAUUCUUGGCACCAACUUGUCCGUAUCAAAUUUGUGGAUCAGCCUUUUCAUCAAGAACUCUGCGGGCAUUUCAGAGAUUUUGCAGAAAACCGUCUAGGAAGUACGGCACCUGUCGCCCGAGGAAUGGACGCCAACGGGCGUAGAAGCGGGAAUAUUCCCAGCAUGCUGUAAGUCUCUACAACCUUCGAAAUACUUGAAAAUGGCGACAGAAGCACCACGCCCUUGGGUGCGAUUUCCUCAUCUGACAAUUCAGCACUAAGUAGAGACGAUACGCCAGUCCCGAGACUGUGGCCGACGAUGAGAAUGUCACUGGCCAGUGCCCCAUUGUCUAUUAACCAGUUCCAGGCAGCCCGAGCGUCACGCGCCAAGCCAACCUCGCUGGGUGUGCCAGUGCUGUCUCCGUAGCCCCGAUAGUCGAUCGCCAGGACGUUGGCCGAUAAUCUUGAGGAAAAUGUCGUGUAGUGUUGAAUGCGGGCACCGAAGGCCCGCGUUCCGGCGUUUCCGUGGAAGAACAAGACCGUAGGACGCGCUUUCAACGCGGCACCAACAUGCUCAACUGGUGGGGCCGAGUGCGAGGGUAGAGAGUGGUAGAACUGAUCUGCGAGGAUGAACCACGCCCCGAGCAGCUCUCCAUCGGCAGUCGAGAUCUUGAGGUUCGCAGUCUUGUUCGGAGCUAGCCCGUACUUCUCUGGCGUGUUGUAAUCGGAGAAAAGAGGAAUUUUGAGGGCGUGAAGAAACUGCAACACGAGAACGAGUUGAUUAAGCGGGAAAAGAUCAUGUAGUGCAUACCAGAGUACUAGUGUUGGAUGUGGGCGUGUGUUAUUCAAGAGAUAAACUUGGACGCACUGCGUUUGUAUGUAGGGAAUCAUGACAGCCAAUAUAGCCGCUGCAUACAAUCCUCCAAAGAUGGUCGCGCCCUUGCGAGCCGCCGAGAGAUAAGCCAUGCCUGCAACGCCGCUAGUCUAGAUCGUUGACGCGCUAGUAGUACAAGUUGUGUGCGAGGACGUGUAGUUGCGAG